AGGAGGGGCCGGGGCCGCCGCCGGCUGAGGGAGGCGAGGAGCGGAGCCGCCGAGGGCCGGGGCCUUGGACGCGUCCGGAGGAGGAAGAGGAAGGGGGGGAGCCGGCCCCUCUCGGAGCACGCAGCCCGCAUCCGCUUGUGGAAGGGAAGAGGGAAGCGGAGGGGGGGGGAGCGAGCGAGCGGGUACCGCCGCCGAGGAGACAAAGAAGCGGAGCCCGCCCGGGCUGGGAGCCUCCCCGCGCCGCUCCGCCCCGCUCCCACCGGCCGGGCCGGGCCGAGAUAGCUGUGUACGUAACUUUGUUGGAGAGUCCUGCCUUUCACUGCCUGGAUCCUUUUAACAGUGUGCCAAAGAAGGACUCCAUGAAAGAUGACAGAAGAAGUUAUUGUUAUUGCAAAGUGGGAUUACACUGCACAGCAGGACCAAGAACUUGACAUCAAGAAAAAUGAGCGUCUUUGGCUAUUAGAUGAUUCCAAGACAUGGUGGAGGGUAAGAAACGCAGCCAACAAAACGGGAUAUGUGCCAUCAAAUUAUGUGGAGCGAAAAAACAGCUUGAAGAAAGGUUCUCUGGUUAAAAAUCUUAAAGACACGUUGGGCUUAGGAAAAACAAAAAGAAAGACGAGCGCGCGAGAUGCCUCACCCACUCCCAGCACAGACGCAGAGUACCCUUCCAAUGGCAGCAGUGCAGACCGCAUCUAUGACCUCAACAUUCCUGCCUACGUCAAAUUUGCCUAUGUGGCGGAGAGAGAGGAUGAACUGUCCCUUGUCAAAGGGUCCCGGGUCAUUGUCAUGGAGAAGUGCAGCGAUGGCUGGUGGAGAGGGAGCUACAAUGGACAGAUUGGCUGGUUUCCUUCGAACUAUGUGGUGGAGGAAGUUGAGGAGGCCACAGCAGAUUCACCGAGCUUUCUGAGCUUGAGGAAAGGCGCUUCCAUGAGUAACGGCCAGGGCACCAAAGUUCUCCACGUUGUUCAGACACUGUAUCCAUUCAGCUCCGUCACAGAAGAAGAGCUCAAUUUUGAAAAGGGCGAAACAAUGGAAGUCAUUGAAAAGCCAGAAAAUGACCCAGAAUGGUGGAAAUGUAAAAAUUCCAGAGGGCAAAUUGGUCUUGUUCCUAAAAACUAUGUAGUAAUCAUUAGCGAUGGUCCUACCAUUAACACUUCCCAUCCACCUCAGAUAAGCUACACGGGACCAUCUUCCACCGGACGAUUUGCUGGAAGAGAGUGGUAUUAUGGGAAUGUUACCCGGCAUCAAGCAGAAUGUGCCCUAAACGAGAGGGGAGUGGAAGGAGACUUCCUUGUUAGAGAUAGUGAAUCUUCGCCCAGUGACUUCUCGGUAUCUCUAAAAGCAUCGGGGAAGAACAAACAUUUCAAGGUGCAGCUCGUGGACAAUGUCUAUUGUAUUGGGCAGCGUCGCUUUAAUACUAUGGAUGAGUUGGUGGAACACUACAAAAAGGCACCCAUCUUCACCAGUGAACACGGGGAAAAGCUAUAUCUUGUGAAAGCACUUCAGUGACGAUGAAGAUGGACUUGGCCACCCAGGCCCCUUCUAACUUCCAAGCCUUAGGUCCUAAAAUCACUUUUAUAGAGCAGAGCAAUAUCCGAAGCAGGCUUAAAGAGUAGGCUCUUUCUAACGUGUUUGCUCUGUUGGUUGUUAUUUGUCCUUUUUCGUUUGCCUACUUUUGUGUUUCAGUUCUGUUAAUCUCAGAUCACCUCCCUUCAGGUUGAGAAGUUCACCUCUGUGGCCAUUGUAAGCACUCACUUCCAUGUCCGAGUUCUAAACUCCCCUCUUCUGUGUACGUUUACAUACUUAGCUCGGAUAAAGGAGGGGGGUUUGCAAUUCAACCCAGUGUUAACCUGUUCAAAUUGCUCACGCAGACAGACAGAACUCUUUGUUAAGAGACAUCGGGCACAGUUUGAAUGCACUGAGGCUGCAGCUAAGUAAGUGAGAUAUAGUAGACAUAACAGUUGUGGCUGUGAGUUCUGUAGCUAUAUUGCUUACCAGGUAGUAUAUUACAAAAACUCCUAGUUCCUAGAAGCACUCUUUACACUGUACUCUGCUAUUACAUUGCCUCUCUGACUCUUUGCAAAGAGUACACUAAUUAAAGCGUUUUGUAAUAGUACUUCUUAAACUACUAUGGUAAGAUUGUAGUAAAAGAAAACUAUCUAGUGUAUUUUGGUCUGUAAUUGCAACAAAGAGAAAUUUUAUUUGAAAGUUGAUUACUAAAGAGAGAAUCAUUGAAUUGUAAAGACUGAAUGUUCUGGUAAUCUACAACCAAAUGUGCCAUCCACAUAAUGCUUUUUUCCUCUUGCCCUUCUGCUUGUUUGAAUUAAACAAUUAUGUAUUUAAUUCUCAAAGUAAUAUGUAUCUGUAGCUGAUUGUUGACACUAAUACAGAAAAUUAAUAAAAACUGAUCAGGGGACAGGGUGGGGUGGGCUACCAACACUAUAUAUAUAUUUGCUUUACAGAAAGGAAACUUCAGGUUUUAUGGAGGGUGGUGUGAUUGGUAGGAAGAGACACACAGAAUGUUUAUGAAGAAAAUGCUUUUUUCUCUUUUCUUUACAUUUAAACUCCUUUAUGGUUUAAAUAUACAGACUUUAGAUGGCACACUCCUGAGAUUGAAGAAGGGAUCUUGAGAUCUCAAAAUCUUGCGUACUCAGUUUUUUGGAUAUUGUAAUAAAAAAGGUAUUAUGUCAUGAUGGAGUACUGGGUUUAUCCUUGGGUGGUAGUUCUGGCGUGGCUUUAGAAAGGUCAAAUAGAGUAAAUUCUGAAUUUGCCUGUCUUGGAAUGUGUGUGGCCUACAAAGAAAAUAUGUGCCACUGCAGAGUUCAGGUUGAUACGAGGCGGUGUCUAAUGAGCUCCACAUUGAUUCUCUCUGUGAUUUGUUUAUAGCUUUAAUGAAAACUGCAAGAUGGAGCUCUUUUAUGGGACCUUUUUUUGCUAUUAAGUCUUCCUUACAGAUUUUUGUAUUUCAGCCAGUGGUGAUACAUGCAUAACUCCAGUGUAGGCAGAACAAGCACCAGCUGAGGGCUGCUCUGAAAGUAAUGUCUCCUAUUUAUUAUUAUGAAGUCAGAGGUGGAUAUUAGUAGGACGGUAGUAGGGGCUGAGCAUUCCCACCAACAUUCUGUAACAUUUUGCUGCUGUGUGACAGAUGGCAGCACUCUGAUGCAAUGAUGUCUGACAUGAAAGUGUGUAUGAAACAAAGGUGUCUAGUUGAAUUCCUCCAUGCAGAAAAAAAUGGCACCCAUUGACAUUCAUCAUCAUUUGCUGGAACUUAAUGGAGACCAGACAGUGGAUGUGAGCACAGUGAGGCGGUGGGUGGUGCAUUUCAGCAGUGGUGACAGCAACAUGAAAGACAAGCCAUGUUCUGGAUGGCCAUGCAGAUUUUUAUGAGUGUGGCAUGCAGGCUCUUGUUCAUCGCUGGCAAAAAUGCAUAGCUGAUGGUGAUGACUGUUGAAAAAGAGUGUUUUGUAGCUGAGAAUUUGUUCUAUCAAAUAGUGUUAUUGUGCUCUUUGUAUCUGUGGUAGUUUCGAUGGAAGUAAAUCGAGGCAUUACUUUCAGAGCAACCAACGUACAACUUCAUGAGUUAUACACAUGUUAUUCUUCCACAGCUGCUCUUAUUUCUGUGAGAUUAUCUGGAUUAGAACUGUGUAUGAAUUAACAACUGUAUGUGGGUAAACAAAAAUCGGGCACUGAAACUUCUGCAUGGUCCAGCUUUGUGAAUAAGGGUAGUUAUAUAAGACAGACCAGAACAAUCACUCUUCUUCAUCCUGGCAAGAACAUACCCAUGGCUAGAUUAUGGGAGCAGAGAAAUUUUCAUUAUGGAGUUGCUGAGAAGUGCCCCUUGUUUACAUCCUUCUUGCCAGGACAUCACAGUUGGUUUCUUCUUAACCUUUUAAGUGAGUUCUGCAGAGGCCAUAGGGCUUUUGCUGUGUAAUAUCUAGUUACUCAUUUAGCUCAAUGUAAGCAUGUACCUUGAGUAUGACAAAGACAUUAAGAAAGCCAACUACAUGCUGUGUGUUUUCAGUUCGGAGUGAGUUGCUUUUCAGUCCCAUUGCCUCUUUGUAGUGUUUCAAAAAGUGGUACGUGGGAAUGUUUUUCAGUAAAUCAACAACUACAGUUACUCUUUCAUGUUGCCCCAUGUUCAUUUUUCUGAAACAUUCACUGUAUUUUGUGUUCCAAGAGUCUUUCUAUGCCUCUUGCUGUGCGUUUCCUAUUUUGCUUUUCUUUUUUCCACUGAAAGUUCCGAACCCCUUUCUAGUCUUGAUAGAUUAGAACUAAAUCAAAUAGACCUCCAAGUGAGAUUUUUACCAUAUGCUCGAUAUUCUAAGGGAUUUACAAUCCUUUUAUUUUUUUCUUCCACCUCUUGCCUUGUGAACAGCUUCUGAAUAUAGAGGCGCCAACCACUGGAGUAUUUUGUUUGGAAGCAGUAACUAACGUUAAUUUAUGAUCCAGCCUUAUGAACAACUAGCUUGAAUUAUUUUUUUUUGAAACAAGCUUCAUCUUGUUUUUGCCCACUCCGUAUUUAAUCAACAUGCAGUCUAUUCAGCAGGCUCAUUAAUAGGUCUUCAGUUGUUCCCAGUCCUUGCUAAUUAAGAUAGGUUUCUGCAAGUUUUACUGCCUUUUUGACCUCGUUUUCUGGAUUGGGCCUUAAGCAUUAAAAAUUUUCAGUGGUAACAGUUUAAUAAAGGAUGGUAUAACAUGGA